CAGAGGAUGGCCUCCGAUUUGGAACAGUUAUGCUGUCAUGUUAAUGAAAAGAUUGGUACUAUCAGAAAAACUCUGUCUCUGAGAAGCCUGGGCCAAGAACCUACCUUGAAGACUACAUUAAAUAAAAUAGGAGACGAGAUCUUUGCAGUAAACGAACUACUAAACAGAUUGGAACUGGAAAUUCAGUAUCAGGAACAAACCAACAGUUCGCUUAAGGAACUCUGUGAAUCUCUUGAAGAAGACUAUAAAGAUGUGGAACAUCUCAAAGAAAAUAUCCCUUCCCAUUUGCCUCAAGCAGUUGUAACCCAGAGCGUGGCUAACGGGUCAGAUCUGGACCCUGAAGAGCCAGUCAAAGUGGAGGAGCCUGCACCCCCAAAGAAACCCCCCAAAGAACAAAGUAUUAUUAAAGAAAUGCCAUUUGUCACUACAAAUGAGUUUAAUGGUGUUCCGGCGUAUAUGAAAUCACGCUUAACCUAUUGCCAAAUUAAUGAUGUUAUUAAAGAAAUGAACAAGGCAGUAAUUAGUAAAUAUAAGAUCCUCCAUCAGCCAAAAGCAUCUAUGAAUUCUGUGACCAGAAAUCUCUACCACAGAUUUAUCAGUGAAGAAACAAAAGAUACCAAAGGUCAUUAUUUUAUAGUGGAAGCUGACAUAAAGGAGUUCACAGCUUUGAAAGUUGACAAGAGGUUUCAUGUGAUACUGAACAUUUUGCGACACUGCCGGAGGCUGUCCGAGGUCCGAGGGGGUGGACUCACCCGAUACGUAAUAACCUAAGGCCCUACUGAGCUUUUGAACUGACCAACGCAAAUACUUACCCACAUGAUGUAUAAGCCUCACUACUAGGCACACAGUCUGACUGUGUAAUGUUCUUGUCCUGUCCUUGUGUGGAGUGGCAAGUCCUGAGACCCCAGUGCGAGGGAUGUAGAUGUGUUCAUUGGAAGAAAAAGGUGAAGAUGAUGAGGUCACGGGAUACCCAGGUCCUUUCCAACGAUAGGUGGUUGAUGCCUAAGUUGCAUCCACAGCAUCUGUGUUUGCCUCUAGGUAAGCUUCAGAGGCUGCUUAUCCACCUGGUUAUUGUGCUUUCUGAAUGUCUUGAGGGACUUCCCUAAAAUGCAUUCCAUAUAAACCAGUCCGUCAGCCUCCAACUGUAAUCAAAGUGUAAUAAAUGCAUCUUGAGAUGUUGCAGAAUUAUAAGAAAUAUGUGUUUUGAUCUUUGUUUCCUCAUUUCCUUGUUCCAAGCUCCUGAAACCCUCAGAAUGUCCUGAGGGUCAGUGCUGUUCCUUC